CUCAGAGCCAGCAGGACGUUUCACAUCAGACAAACACGAAUCUUUUAGGAGUUUUAUCUUCUGCCUGGAUAGGUACUAUUGAUUCGUUCGACACCGACAAUCGACUCAGCUAGACUUUUUCAGCGUUAGACGUACUAGAAAGAAGUACACUAUGGUAGAUGACACGCCAAGCGCCGCGGAGCUCGAGGUGGGCAGCCGUCUCUAUGUGGGGGGAAACCUGGCGACCAUCCGCUGGGGACCCGAAGUCUUGCCCGGGCAGGGAGAGGACCGGUGGUUCGGGGUGGAGUACGACGAAGUGGGCAAGGGGAAGCAUGAUGGCACGCACAACGGCAUUCGGCGAUUCACUUGUCCAGAGAAGACGGGUAGUUUCGUGAAGGUACAGAAGGUUUCGCCGCCACUGUCUUUUGGCGAAGCCUUGCAAUCCAAGUACUCCGACGAAGAGGUUCCCCUGGAGUUUCACGACCACGCGAAAGCUCGGUCCCGGUCCGUCGAGUUUGUCGGACGCGCAGAAGUGGUUGCGCGCAUGCAGAACUUUCAGUCCCUGUGCGAAAUCAAUCUUUCCAGCUGCCUCAUUGGGGACAGCCGCAAUUGCUUGCAGCGCAGUUGUACUAGUAGUGCUGCGAUCGGGUCUGCAUCUUCAGACCCAGCUCGGGGAGGUUUUGCUUUCCCAAACCUGCAGCGUCUCUCCCUUGACCACAAUUUGAUUACUAGCUGGUCCACGUUGGCCGACAUUUGGACGGGCUGCCCGCAGCUGGCGUUUUUGAGUGUUACCGGGAACCGUCUCGCACGACCCACCAUCGCGAAGGCGUCAACACCGGGUCCUACGGCAAACCCCUCGUCAAACCCGGACACGAGCGACGGUUCCGGUAUAGCGGCCUUCGAUGAAAGUAGGACACCCCUACCCCCCUGUCCGAGCCUGCGCGCGCUCGUGCUGAACGAAACGGGCGUUGGUUGGGACGCCAUGCCUACGCACCUGUUUUCGGAGCUGGAGGAGCUCCACGUCCGCGCGAACGGCUGGGAGAGGCUGGCGGAGGAUCUUCCCGAGAGGCUGCCCUGUCUCGCGCACGUGCAGCUGGAAGACAACUGCUUGCAGAGCUGGGACCAGACGCUCGAGGUUCUGCAGCGGCUGCCGCGUCUGCGCAGCGUGAACGUGUCCGGAAACCAGCUCACAGACGAGACGCUGCGGUUGGGGGCGGCGCUCCCGCCAACCGUCACCAGUGUCUCGUGCAGCAACAACCUGAUUCGAGACUGGAAGACCAUCGCGUGGUUGAUCUCGCACACCGGCCUGAGGCAAUUGGUGGUAUCCGAUAACCCCAUCGGGCACGCGCAGGCCCUGCGCCAGAUCGUGCUCGCCCUCAUGCCGUCCCUGAAUCGCUUGAACGCGUCGGAGAUCACAUCCCGAGAGCGCGUGAACGCCGAACGCAUGUUCCUCUCCUUGUGGGCGAACGGGUCGAUUUCCGAAAUCUUAGAGGCCGUGGAUCCCGCGCAACUCCAUCGCAAGCGGUUGGAAGCCGUGCACGGAGAGGGCUUUGUCUAUCAGAAAACAGCGGAAAACACGGUACGAAUGCAAAAAGUUGUGCGGACCUGUAUAAAUUUUUUUUUCGUACAAUCACGCAAUUUUGUUCCACUUUGAGAGCGGGACAGACGAGUACGCCCGUCAUUUCUUGAUGACGCUGCGCAUGAACUCAGUCGAUAUUUGUCAAAACUCUCAGGGUGGCAGUGCGUUCGGAGCCAAUUUGAUGGAGUUGACGCUGCAGCCCGCCGGGGGUUCGAUACUGCAUCUGCCACCGCUCCGCAAGAAGAUCCCCGGCACAAUCAGCAUCGCCGAGCUGAAAACUUUCUGUCACAAUUGCUUUCAGCGGCUGCUUCCCGUGAAGGAGAUGCGACUGGCUGUAGUGAACCCCGGGGACCCGAUAGCCCUUCCGUUUGCGGAGGACGACGACGCGCGCGAGGUGUGCUUCUAUGUUCAGACGGGUGCAACCAUUCAAGUUUUGGACCAGGAGGAUGGUUCCGCAUCCACAGGCUGACUGCUGCGAGAUGCGAUAAAUACUAUACUACGUAUCGGAUGCAAGAAAUUCGUCUUCAGAGACUCUACUUCCACGUUUCGCUUUUCCUGUUGCUAUGUCCACUUUCGUCAACAUACACCGCCAGCAAUUGGCCUUCCGCCUGGCCGCUGCAACUGAAACGCCCCGGUGUCCUGCCAUGUUAGAUGUACUUCCACAUGUUCAAAACGAUUUACCUGUCGCUUCUGUGUUCCAGAAGUUUCAGGAUGAUAGAUGGGCUUUUCCCAGUGCACAGGCCAGGAAGACACACUGUAAAAGGAGUGACGCAGCCUAGUUUUCAAAACAAUGUCAUCUUGUAGUGUCGCAGUGCUUGGUGUGUGUGCGUUUGCGUACGUAUGAAUGUUGUGCAU